CAGGGCUUCCCUCGGCUGGGAGGAGAGCGGCUGGUUCGGACUGGGAGCAGACCCGCCGCUGCGGCCCGGCCCGGAGGAAGGAGACACCCCCCCCGGAGUCCCCCCCUUUGAAUUGCAAACCUCCCUGGGGGGGGAGCUGCCCCCCCCCCCCGCUGGGAUCUCCCCUGCGAGCAUCCAGCCCCCGUCCGCCAUGGGCGAUGUUAUCUCCACUCACCUGGACGAGAGCCGGCGCCACUAUAUCUCAGAGAAAACCGGGAAGGUGCUGGGGGAAUUCUGCCAGUUUUACGAGGAACAGUAUGGCGUCGCGCUCUUCAACAGCGUCCGGUAUGAAAUUGAGGGCAACGGAGGGCCACAGUCCCAGCUGCUCCACCGCAAGGUCCCUCUGGAGGACCGCGUCAUCAUCUCAGGGAACCUCUUCCAAUACGUGGAGGAAAACAAGAAGUGGCGAAACCGCUUCAGCGUUGUGCCGCACAACUACGGCCUGGUGCUGUACGAGAACAAACUGGCCUAUGACAGAGGGAUUCAGCCUCGAAUAGUCCUCAACAGCGCCGGCUACAAAAUCCUCACCUCGCUGGACCAGUAUCUUGACCUUGUCAAUAGCAGUUUACCAGGGACAGCCCCCAAAUCCGGCAAUGCCCCGAUCCUCAAGUGCCCCACCCAGUUUCCUCUCAUCCUUUGGCACCCGUACUCUCGUCACUACUACUUCUGCGUGAUGACCGGGAAGGAGCAGGACAAGUGGCGAGCGGUGUUCCAGGACUGCGUGCGUCACUGCAACAAUGGGAUCCCAGAGGACUCCAAGGUGGAGGCCCCAGCCUUUACGGAUGCCGUCCGCAUGUACCGGCAGUCGAAGGAGCAGUACGGCACCUGGGACAUGCUCUGUGGCAACGAGGUCCAGGUCUUGAGCAAUCUGGUGAUGGAGGAACUGGUCCCAGAACUGAAAAACAUGAUCGGCCCCAAGCUGAAGGGCAAGGCCCAGGAGAGGCAGAGACUCUGGAUACAGAUCUCGGAUGCUGUCUACAGGCUCGCCUAUGACCAGAUAAAGGCGCACUAUGAUGCAGUGGUGACAAAAUGUGAGCUGGAGCGUCCCAGAAUGGAGAGCACCAUUCGCACGGACAUGGACCAGAUCAUCACAGCAAAGGAACACUUAGCCAGCAAAAUCCGAGCCUUCGUGCUGCCCAAAGCAGAGAUCUGUGUCCGAAACCAUGUGCAGCCCUAUAUCCCUUCCAUCCUGGAGGCGCUGAUGAUUCCCACAAGCCAGGGUUUUGCCGAGGUCCGGGAAGUGUUCUUCAAGGAGGUCACUGACAUGAACAUGAACGUAAUCAACGAGAGCGGGAUGGAGAAGCUGGGAGAGUACAUGGAAAAGCUCUCCCAGCUGGCCUUCCACCCUGUCAAGAUGCAGUCCUGCUAUGAGAAGAUGGACCAGCUGAAACUGGAGGGGCUUCAACAGAGAUUUGACGUCUCCAGUGCCUCCGUGUUCAAGCAGAGGGCCCAGAUCCUCAUGAGACAGCAAAUGGACGAUGCCGUUCACACGUUCGGGACGCUCCUGCACCAGGAGCUGGCGAAGAUGCUAGGCAAGGAGGAGCUGUGCAAGUCCAUCCAGCGGAUCCUCGAACGGGUGCUCAAGAAAUACGACUACGACAGCAGCACCGUGCGCAAGAAGUUCUUCAGGGAAGCCCUGCUCCAGAUCACCAUCCCCUUCCUGCUGAAGAAGCUGGCGCCAACCUGCAAGGGGGAGUUACCAAAGUUCCAGGAACUGAUCUUCGAGGACUUCGACAACUUCAUCCUGGUGGAGAACACGUACGAGGAGGUCGUGCUGCAGUCGGUCAUGAAGGACAUCAUGCAGGCUGUGAAGGAGGCAGCGGUGCAGAGGAAGCACAACCUGUACCGGGACAGCAUGGUCAUGCACAACAGCGACCCCAACCUGCACCUGUUGGGCGAGGGCAUGCCCAUCGACUGGGGAGAGGAGUUCGGCAGCCAGCCGGACUCGGACCCAUCCGCCGAGAAGCGCCGCAGAGCCAGGCAGGUGGUGUCGGUCAUCCACGACGACGAGGGAGCCCUGCCCUACGAGGCCGGGGCGGAGGUGCUGAUGCACCAGGUCUCCCAGGAAGGGCCCGGGUCGGAGGAGCUGGAGGCCUGUCCUGCCCUUGCUUCACCGGGUUCUCCUGACAGCGUGCAGGGGAUACGGGGGAUGCUGGUGAAGGAGUUCUGCGUGGAGACCCCGGUCCCAGCAAGAGAGGAGGCAAAGGAACCGCUGACGAAUGGUACAAUAGUCCAGCAGAGCGGCAGCUCUGAGGAGCGCGGGGUGGAGGGAGCUGCCCAGAAGGCCGAGGAAGGCCCUGGUUCCUUGGAACACUCCGCCCAGCAUGACGCUGGCUCCCCGGGCCCAGUGAACCCGGGGGUGGAGGAGCAGGAAGCCAAGCCAGCCGUGCCCGCCUCUCCAGCCAAGCCGCCUGCCCUGACAGCUGCCUCGUUGCUUGCUGAGGGGGGAGUUGAAGUGAACCGCCACGAACCCAACGACAAGGAGACGGGGGAAGAGGUGUCCACCCAGGCCCAUGCGGAGAAGGUGGAGCCUGCCCAGCCGGCCACCGGGAACAGCGCGGGGACCACCGAGAACAGCGCGGGGACCACUGAGAACAGCGAGGGGGUGCAGACUCAGUUCUAGGUCAGCCCCCCCUGGUCGAGAUCCCUGCCGGCUGUGUACACUAUGUGCCGAAGGUGGACUGGAGUCAGUGACGCCGGGGGGCGGGGGGGCUCGUAGGCUGGGCCAGUCGCUGGCACUGGUAGCUGUUACAUUCCCAGUUUCUGAAGCAGACUCGGCUUCGGACACCAGCGUCCCAGGGAAGGGGGUGGGGGGAGCCACCAAGAUGUAAGAUCUCCUAAACUGCACACCCACUUAGAGGGGAGCCGUGUGCUGGCCAGAACCAAGCCGCCACGCUGGCCAAGCCGUUGCCCCUCCUCCCAGGACUCUAGCUCAGUAUAGGAUACGCACACCUUGCUCCGUCUUACUUUGUUGUUUUCCCUUUGUUGAAGAGACACUUUACUGCAUUACUCAACUAACAAGAGUGUGACUGUGGGACUGCCCGGGGUUUCCCCUAGGCAGGAGCUCCCCAGGACAUCUGCACAGCGUAUGCCAGCGGGCGCCUGAUGCCCUGGGGGGUGGGUUUUGUAGGGGUUCCCCU